AUGUCUGCUUGGGGGCGUUGUUGCGACAUUCCAAGUCACUGGACUUGCAGGAUUCGGGUCAGCAGCGGCUUACCCGUGAGUGCCCAAUUAAUUGCACCGGUUUGUGAGGAGAGGCUUCAUGGGCCAUGCCUUGAGGUUGCUGACAUAAAUGCGCAUCUGGGAAACGUGGUAUAUGUGGCUGGCCACCAGUGGGGUUUCAUCGACUUGGAGAAAGCGACCGCGCGGAGUUUCGUUUGCCACAAGUAUGAAGCCUCACUGGUCCAUGUGGCCGUCACCGACACUGCUCUGCAGUCCCGUGUCAUUGCAGCAGAUCAGGAUGGGACGCUAUGGGUUUUUGCGACGCGCGACAGGAGGGACUGCAAGGUGGAGCAUCGAUUCCCCCGAGGGGCAACACGCUCGCCUUUAUCGAUUUCCUCGGUUCGGGGCUUCGCUUUAGCCCUGGAAAUGUCCCGAAGCUUCAACGGAAGAUCCGAGAUGAUGGCCUUCAACAUGUCACACGUGGGGACAGGUUGGGAUGAUUCUGCUCGGGAUGUUUCUCCAGUUGCGUGGAGAAGAAGCAGCCGGCCUGUUCGCGACUGGGCCGUCCAGCGUCGCUACCAAGAAGGUUCAGUUCUUCCACUCACAGAAUACGAUCCUCAGGACGGCACGGAAAUUGAGGUCUUCGAACUGAUGAUGCGCGGGCCGUCAGCAAGUUUACCAGCCACCACCUGGGGACCUAUUGGGGAACUUCAAGCUUCCAGUCUUUGCAGCUUGCAAGCAAAGAAGCUGCACUUGUACGAUUUUGACAAGUAUCUGCUCCGUUUCCUGGCGGACUGCGUAGCUCUGUAUGGUGUCGAAGGCUAUCAGUUUGUGAAGCAAAAGGGGCCUUUCGAUGCGGGAUUGGCAGAAACUUCGCUGCAGCUACGUGUAAAAUCCUGCUCCGCUGAUGACCUGCAAAAUGCCCUGCAGCAUCUCAGCCCUGAGUCGCGAAGCAAGCUGGUGACAGCGCUGGAAGAUCCGGGAAGUGCAGCCAAAGCUUUGCCUGUCACAAAUCCAGCUGUCAUUCUCACUGGAUUUUGGAGACAGAAACUAGGGCAAGAAGGAUCUGCUCACAUUCCUAUUGUCAAAGCGGCAGACAUUGCCAUCAUUUCGCGCUCAGAGAAGAAGUUCGAUGGAAAGGGCGGGCACGAGCCUUGGUUCGGACCCACAGCUUUCACGAUUUUUGGGGAGCGCUGGACACUGGACAACUUCUUGGGGGCAGGUGCCUUUGGGCAGUCGUACUUAGCAACGCAUGAGCCGACGGGACAUCGCUACGUUCUCAAGUUCCUUUCAAGAGACAACGACCGUGAGCUCAGCUUCCUUCGACAGGCACCCUUUCAAGUCUUCCAGCAUCCCAACGUAAUCAGCUACGUCGGCAUCGCAACGCACAUCGGGCGUGGGUCUUCAUCAUGGGACCCUGCCAGGCACAUUGUUGUUAUGGAGGCUAUCCCCAAUGGCGAGCUUUUCGAUCUCAUCACAGCCGAGGCAGCGGCCUUGAGUGACGGAACGAUGAGGCGCCUCGUGCACGACAUCAUCAAUGGCAUGUCAGAGCUGUGCAAGUGUGGAAUCACACACAGGGAUCUCAAGCCGGACAAUCUCCUCAUUGACGAGAACGGUCACGUCGUCAUCAUCGACCUGGGAUGCGCGAAGCUUACCCAUUGGCUCCAGGAAGAAUCACCAGCGGACAAUGAAGAACAGCGCGCAUCACCAACGCUCAAAUCGCAAAGCUCCAAGUUCAUGCGAGAACAAACAGCUGCCGUGGGCACGGAUCUUUACCAUGCGCCAGAGUAUGGACAGAAGAUGUAUGACAGCGAGAAAGCUGAUGUGUUCACAGUUGGGAUACUCGUCUUUCUCUUGAAGCAGCCGAUCCCUCCAUUCCACCCGUACUUCGGAGGCCUGAAAGUCCUCACAGAUGAGGGUGCCAGCUCAAAAUGGUGGGAUCGCAAAGAAUUCCAGCAGUUUGCCGAAGCCUCCGAGCUCAAAGCGCUCAUAAAUUGUCUGUGGGCACGGAGUCCAGGAAAGCGACCGACGUUUCAACAGCUGCAGGCAGCCAUGGCAGGUGAUCUAGAUGUGCUCAAGACGUUUCCCGCCUUGAGCUGGUUGUCAGGUGACUUGUCGACGCCUCUAGAUUUUGUGCGGGAGCUUCGCGCAAGGCGCCCAAACCUGUCGCUAAAGUGUACGGGUGUGGUAGAAGCUCUGGCUCUAUAUGUCCGGAAAUUCAGCAAUGCAGAAGCAGCCUUCCACUCUGCAAAUGCGUGCGGCAGUGGAAGUCUUUCAGAAGCUGAGCUGACGAGGAGCUUGCAAAACGAAAAUGCGACAAUCACUCCUGAAGGAGUAGCAGAGCUCAUGCGCCGCUACAUGGCUCGUGACGCUCGGGAAAUGUCGAUGGAUCAGUUCAAAGGCAUGGCCAAAGCUUGGGAGUUCGGAGGCAGACCGAUCGUGCAUGAUGUCGGGCGCAUGAACUCGAGGCAUUUUGUUUUUGCUCCUCGGGAAAGUUUGUCGGAAGAGGAAGAAAUUGCAACAUUCACCUCGAACAUUUCCAAUGCCUUUACAACAGCUGGGUACAAAGUGGAGAAAGUGUCCAAUGUCAUUGAUGCGAAAAACUUCGAGAAUGCUGCCGCAUUCACAGUCACCAUGGGCAUGGGCACCGAGCUGUGUCAGCUGCGCAUCAGCACCUUCACCAUGGAUCAUAAGCUUGUGGUGCAAAGCAGAAGGCUCUGGGGCUCAUCCGUGGAAGAGCUCUUGAUGCUGCAGCAGAUGAACAAUGACUUGGUGAAGGUCUGGGGAGCCCGCGUCCCACCUCCAGCAGCCCUGCUGUCACCCAGCUAG